AUGGGUGAUAUAGUAUUCGUCUCGGCGGCGCUAUAUUUAGCCAAUAGCCCUAAUUGGAAGUCAAAAGUUUUAAAGCCCGGUUUCUCACCUAUCCCAAGCAAUGAGUUAUACAACUUUGAACAGACGUUGAAGUCCACUUCCCAGGAACCUGUGUCAUCGACCGCAGUUUCGAAAGCACCCGAGAAGUCUGCUUUGGAUGCCGAAGAUGGGGGCUUGAGGUUAGACUAUAAAGGACCCAAAUAUCAGGAACUUCGGCUUUUCCUGCCGAUAUCUCUUACUCAACAGCUCCACACCUUGGUGAUCCAAAAUAUUCCCGAGAGUGCUACCAAGACAGCUGACUUUAUCCAAUGGUUGGAGCAGGCUACAACCAAGCAUUUUUCCACGAAGACCGAUGGAACGAAAGUGGAGGACUUGGUCGAAAACUGGUCCAGCGUUAUUGCAUCGACAUUGGAAAGUACUCAAGACAUCUUCAUACGCAUGUAUCCGUUGACAGAGUUCGCACAAGUCGUGCUAUACUGGAUAGAGUGGUUCUCAAAAGCUACUGAUUCUGUUACCACAGUGCAUAUCGACGAGAAUACCGCUCGUUACAUCGAUGACAUUGUUCCGUCCAGCUACACGCCUGACGUGACAGAAGAAGAACUCGUCGCUCUCCGCACGCAGAUCGCCGACCUUAAGAGUUCUGUUUCAGAGUCGUCAACAGAAAAUGCAGCGAUGGUGGCAUACGAAGUUGAUAUGAGCACGCUUAGCGAUCUCCCAAAGAGCUCGCUGAACCAGCUAGUGAAAGACAUCAUCGAAUUCCGCACCCGUGUACUUACCAUGGAGCGGGAGAAGCGUACGCAAGAGGCUCUUGAAGAGGGCAGGCGCCGGCGCUCGCAGCUCAAACGUGUCAUGGAGCAGAUUCGGAAGAGCAAGGGCUCCAGCGUUCCUGCCACAGAGCCCGAGGAGGACGAGGAUGAGUACGAAGACGAAGAUGGAGAAGAAGAUUGGGCAAUUGAACGCCGUCGACUCGAAAAGGAGAAAGAGUCCGCACAACAGAGCUACAAUGCUCUUCUCAGCCAUCUGAAUGGCACUGUGAUGCCAGAUCUCCGUGCCCGCAAGCAGCGUCUCAUCUUGCUCAAAGACUACGAGGCUAAACUGCAGCGGGAGCGGGCAUUCUUCCUCAAAGAACUUCUUCAUCUCGGCAAUAGUGACUACUACGACCAUCGUCGUGAGUUCAAGGAGGAGGAAGAGCAACAGGAUGAUGUCGACCGGCGCGCCCAAAACGAACAACGCAUCCAGGCGCCCAAGGACGCCGUGCUGCAGGCCUCCGCCUCUGCGUCCAGAUCCCCAGACACCUCUGCGGCACAUUCGGCCCCAGUCCAGGAGCCCGUCGCCAAGGAACAAAAGAUCAAGCUCGCGCUCAAGCGUGUCUUCGACACCCGCGCGCAGGAAGCAGAAAGCGAUAGCGAACCUGAGGCCGAUAUCCCGGCCACAGCCGUGUCCGCCUCGACCCCGGCUCCGACUGCAGACCUUCCGGAUAGGUUACCGUUCCAAGGCCCCGAGCUUGCAGCCCGUAUGGCUGAGCUGCGCCAGUCCCGCCUCGUCGACGAGCUGGUGAACGAGUACCUGGGCGUCUACGAGGACGAACUGGUCGAUUACAUUCUAGACAACAUCGUGGAGAACGCCAGCAGAGGCCAACUACUUCUCGAACUCCAGGAGACCUUCGACGACGACAGUGUUCGCAUUGUAGAUGCCAUCUGGGCAAAGCUGUUGAAGCACUAG